CGUGUCCCGAAACGUCAAACAGUUGUUGCGGAGGUUAGCGUUGUAGCCACCGCUAAAAGAAAUUUGUAUUUAUUAAAUAUUAAUUUAAACCGCAAAAAUGUAUUCAGUGUUAACGAGAGGAAACGCUAUAUUAACGUAUACACUUAGCGUGCUAGCAUGCUUAACUUUCUUAUGUUUUCUAUCUACAUUAACUGUGGAUUACAGGACGAAUGCCCAAAUGAACACAGUAAAAGUAGUCGUCAAGAACGUGCCGGAUUAUGGAGUUUCUAGGGAGAGAAAUGAUCUAGGCUUCCUUACUUUCGAUCUGAAGACUGAUCUGUCCCAUUUGUUCAACUGGAACGUGAAACAGCUAUUCUUGUACCUCACAGCCGAAUACAUUACUCCCAAUAAUGAGCUCAACCAAAUUGUACUAUGGGACAAAAUUAUUCUUAGAGGAGAAAAUGCUGUUCUUGACUUCAAAAAUAUGAACACGAAGUACUACUUCUGGGAUGAUGGUAAAGGCUUGAAGGGCCAUAACAAUGUAACACUAACGCUGUCAUGGAACAUCAUCCCCAAUGCAGGGUUGCUGCCAAACAUCAUGGCCCUCGGAUUCCACUCCUUCCGGUUCCCAACCGAGUACACCCAGACCAGAGUGUGAUCAACAUUGCAACUUUGCUUUUAAAGUAUCUCAGUAAAGUACUAGGAUAGUUAUACACCUCGGCACAUAUGCCUUUCAAAUAUGUAUAUUCAAGGAGUUAUUGAUUGUGGAUCAGAUGUAAAGAGUAAGAAAACAUUUGCCUCCAAGUCAGCUAAACUACAUGACACUAUACUGCACCCUUAAUAUAUGUUUUGUUGUAACUGAAUUGUCAAAUGUCAACUUUCAACAACCAGAGCUACCACGUAUAAUGUAUGGGGCCGUACAGUAAUAUCUACUAGAGUUAGACCAAGAUAAGUCUGCAAUGAUUUUGAUAGCACCCGCAGUGCAAGUGUUAUUUUAAACGUCAAACUUCUAUGGAAUUAUGACGUAUAAAUAACACUUGCACUGUGUAUGCUAUCAGAAUUGUUGCAGACUUCUUGGUCUAACUCUACAACUGUCAAAGUUUAGACACAAAUGUGUCUUAGACUACCUCUUUCAUAUUAAUAACUGGUAAUAUGUAUGGGUGGUAUUCCAUCUGUCCAAUAUAUUGGUCCAAUGUCAUUGUGUCACACUCUCUCAUUAAGCAAAAUACGAGACAAAAUACACAUUGGACAUUUGGAAUACCACCCUAUGCCACUUGUUCCCUUUGAAUGCUCUCUGUAGCAGAAGAGACAGAUUGCCGAGAUGCAUAAUUAGAGACAGUACUGUAUAUGGGUGAAUGUGGUGUGACAUAAGAUCAUAAGAGAAUACAUGUUUUCUGUAAA